AUGAUUAACUGUUUUAUACUUAAGGUUAUAGAAAUAAAUUUUUCAAAUAGUGCCUUCAAGCAACAGAGGUUACCUGCCUGGCAGCCGAUUCUCACAGCUAGCACAGUACUUCCUACAUUUUUCGUUAUCGGAAUAGCUUUUAUACCAGUUGGAGUUGUUUUACUUCAUGUAUCUGACCAAGUUCAAGAAUUCAGUUAUGAUUAUACAGAUUGUACUAACAGCAAUGGAAUACAGUGUGCACAAGUGGAUAAACAUAAACAAGAUGACUGUAAAUGCAGUAUUAAGUUUGCCUUGAAUCAAUCUUUUAAUGGAGAAGUUAUGAUGUUUUAUGGGUUGACAAAUUUCUAUCAAAAUCAUCGUAGGUAUGUCAAAUCAAGAGAUGAUAAUCAACUAAGGGGAAUAUUAAGCGAUUCUCCAUCGAGCGAUUGUCAGCCAUUUGCAUUUGAUAAUAAAAAACCAAUUGUGCCUUGUGGUGCUAUAGCUAAUUCUUUAUUCAGUGAUGAAUUGACUUUAAUGUACGAAGAUAAAAAUGUUCCAUUAUUAAAUAUCGGGAUUGCAUGGCCUUCGGACAAAACGAUUAAAUUUAGAAAUCCUCCUGGAGAUUUAAAACAAGUUUUUCAAAAUUAUUCAAAGCCAAAAGACUGGAAAAAAAAUUUAUGGGAACUUGAUGAAAAAAAUCCAGACAACAACGGUUUGCAAAAUGAAGAUUUAAUCGUUUGGAUGAGAACUGCAGCCUUGCCAACAUUUAGAAAACUUUACAGGAGAGUCGAUCACAGUGUGGAACCUUUCAAAUCGGGUUUGCCAAAAGGAAAUUACACUUUGAUCGUUAAUUAUUCUUAUCAGGUUAAAUCGUUCGAGGGUAAGAAAAAAAUGAUAUUGUCAACAACGUCACAUUUAGGAGGUAAAAAUCCAUUUUUAGGUAUUGCAUACAUAGUCGUCGGAGCCAUUUGCUUCCUAUUGGGCAUCGUAUUUUUAUUUAUUCACAUAAAAUGCGGGAAAAGCACGUCGGAAAUGAUAAACAUAAAUCAAAGAACAAACGAUUGA